AAACUUGACUGUCUUUUGAGUAAAUAUAAAUAUAUUUUCAACUUAUUAUAAACAAAAUUUGAAAAAUAUAAUAAAUUAUAUAAUUGUAAUAUAAAUUAUUUCUUAUGUUUAAUUUAAGAAGUAACGCACUGCUGUUAAUUUGCAUUUUACUGUAAAUUCUAAACACAUGAGAGAAUGAUGAGAACGAACAAACAGGACAAAUAAAAAAUCGAGGCUUAAAAGAGAGAAAUAUUAGUUUCAACAAAAUGGUUCCUGGUAUGUGUAAUAUGUUGUCAUUAAUAUGUUAUCUAUUUGUGUCGAAUAUGGUUUUUAUACGAGCCGAACUAUUCACCGCCAUAUCAGAGAUGGAACCUCUAUUGGAAACACACAAAAGGAUCAUAGACGAUUUAGAUGAUUACGUAGAUAAGGAAGAGAAAAGGCUAAUGACCUUAAAGAAACAUUUGAUUCUGUACAAACGAGAGCACGAAAAGGCAUUGGAAGAUAUCCCAAAUUAUUUGGGCAACCCCAUAAAUGCUUUCACUCUCAUAAAAAGACUGACUACAGAUUUAGAUCAUAUAGAGCAUAGUAUUAAAAUAGGGACAGAUUAUAUAAAGAACGUGACCAUUAAUUAUGACGACGUGAAAUAUCCCAGCGAAGAAGACCUCUCAGGAGCUGCGCAGGCGCUGACACGGUUACAGGAGACCUAUCACCUUGACGUCAAAGAUCUCUCCGAAGGAAUAUUGAAUGGAGUCAUUUACAGUACGCCAAUGACGGUAAGCGACUGUUACGAGCUCGGUCGGUCGCUGUACAAUGACAAAGAUUACAGUAACGCUCUCACGUGGAUGAUGGAAACACUACGGAAGUAUAAAGAAGAAAAUGAACCGUAUCCAUUUGAUGAGGUCGAUAUAUUGGAGUAUAUUAGUUUCAGUCAUUAUAUGCUGGGUGACGUCAGAAAAGCAAUAGAGUGGACUAAAACGUUGUUGAAGCUUGCUCCCAAUCACCCACGCGCGCGCGGCAACAUACCGCAUUAUAUGAAGGAAAUAGAAGAGGAAGACACAAAACUGAAACGAAGGCGUAGAGGGGAUACUGGAGAAGUGACAAAAGAAAAAGAUCCCGAAGUCGUUGAGGAGUUAAGCGAAUAUCAAAAGGACAGGAUAAAUUACGAGGCUCUUUGUCGUGGUGAUAUGCGUCUACCGAGUUAUUUCACUAAAGACCUACACUGCCGCUAUCUUACAGAAAACCACCCAUUUCUUAUACUAGCACGGGUGAAAAUGGAAAUUAUAUACCUGAACCCAGACGUGGUUGUGUUCCACGAUGUGUUGAGUGAUGAUGAGAUAGAGUACAUUAAGACGUUGGCUAAACCGAGGUUCAAGCGCGCGGUUGUGCACGACCCCCGAACCGGUGAGUUAGUGCCGGCCAACUACAGGAUAAGCAAGUCGGCGUGGCUUCGGGACGAGGAGUCUGACGUUGUCUCGCGGAUAUCACAGCGUGUCGCCGACAUCACCGGCCUCAGUAUGGACACCGCUGAAGAAUUGCAGGUCGUCAAUUAUGGAAUCGGAGGACAUUACGAGCCUCAUUUUGAUUUCGCUCGGAAGCAAGAAAAUGCAUUCAAAAAAUUCAGCGGUAACAGAAUUGCUACAGUGCUGUUUUAUAUGUCGGAAGUGGCCCAAGGGGGCGCUACGGUGUUCACGCGGCUGGGUCUCAGCGUGUUCCCGAUCAAGGGUGCAGCGUUGUUCUGGAUGAACUUACACCCUUCCGGUGAAGGCGACAUUUCCACGCGUCACGCCGCUUGCCCAGUACUGCGGGGCUCUAAAUGGGUGUCAAACAAAUGGAUUCAUCAAGGAGGUCAGGAAUUAUUGAAACCGUGCGACCUGGAAUAUCAGGAUGAGGCCUACAUGCGUAAGAUACCUCGACCAAUACCGAAAACCUCCAGGUAGGAUUCUCUUAUUCCUCCACGGAUUACCAUGAAUUAGCGAGAUGAGUAGAAGCAAAAGUGGAUAUAACACUUUCCUUAGUCAAAUAUUAUAUUACUCCGAUGUUACUUAUGUUUGUACGCGAUAUGUACAUGAUGCAAUAAUGUAAUACUUAAAAAUCCAAAACAUAGCUAUAAUGGAUAAUAAUAACUGAAUCUUAAAAACACUUUAAAGAUUUUUUUUCCUAAUUGUUUUAUAAAGUGUACUCGACAUAAAAUUAUAUUUAGAAACAAAAUAUUUUUACUGCAUUUAUUAAUAAUAAAAGUUGAACAUGAAUAUGUUAUAAAAGUAAAGAAUAUUCAAGGAAUCUUGAAUAUUAUUUACUUUUAUAACAAUUGUUCACAGUCAAUUACAUUAGAGUUAUAUGAUAUUUGACAAAAUGUUACCGUAAGGCCAUCAUUGCAUUUUGAUAUUGACUAAAUCGUUGUACAAAAAUAUAGUAGUAAAAUAAGUAAAUGUACUGUUAGUAUGUAAUUACGAAACAGGUUUAGUUCAAAUAUAACGCCAUAACAAUGAUAAUUAACAUAAUUUUUAAUAUAUCAAUUUCUCAAUUGCUUAUAAGUAGCUGAAUGUUCAAUAAAUUUAAGAGUAUAUUCACACGGAACGUGUAGUCAGCCCUGACUAUGAGCAAGUGUUACACAUUUAUUUCACAAAACUUUGAACUUUUCAUUCAAUGUUUCAAAUCACUAAAUGAAAGUUUACAGUGACAGUCGACGGCUGGCCAUUCGUUCAGUGUGAAUGCAGCCUAAUAAAUGUAAAUGUUUGUAGGUGUUUUCGAUUUUUUUUAUAAAUUGUAUUAAAAUUAAUUGUCUCGUGUAAAUCGUAUAGCUUAAUUAUGCCAACUAGAAGUAGUUCUUGCCAGGAGCAAAUAUUAUGACAAUUUAGAAUAAUUUUUAAUUUUAAAAAAGAUUUAUACAAAAAAAUAUGAGAGGCUAUGUUACAAUGGCCGUGAUAUUGCAACCAGUGCUAAUUUUACAUAGAUAUAAAUUAAUAGAAAGUAAGGAUUUUCGUUUACGAAGAAUUUAUUUUUAACCAAAUAAUUUCCUAUUGUGUUUUGUUUCCAAUUUUGUUGGUUCUUAAUAAAGGCAUUUAUAUAUUUAAAUAUUUAUUAUUGCGAUAAUUUAAGCAAGUGUUUUUACAAAUCACAAGUACCACAAAUUAUAUUUUUUUUUAACACGACAUACGUUGACUCGUCUUACUACAGCAAAUUGAAGUGAUUACGUUUCAUAUUGUAUAUUGAUUUUUGAAUGAACAUAUCAAUAAAUA